UUCAAUAAAAAUGUCAUUUUUUAAUUUUUUGUAUCCAUACUAAAUCAUUUAUUACACAAACCCUGAACAUAUCAGUGCAUCGUUAUUUUCAGGACCGAGCCCAGAAGAGCAGACACGCAUGCGUCCUGACGCUCCGGGCAGGCAGCGAGAUGCAGUGCCGCCGCUGUGGCUCAGUGCGCCACGAGCAUCCAGAGCGCACGGUUACAAUGAGCUUCUCCAUCGGUCCGACUGAGAGCCAGCGUCAGUACCGACCUCCGAGCAGCAGACACACCGCCACCGACCCUAACCGACACCAACUCCGCCCGCCCGCAGCAGGAUGCCCGGGGGAAAGAGAGGGCUUGUGGCACCGCAGAACACUUUUCUGGAGAACAUCGUCCGGCGUUCAAGUGAGACCAGCUUCCUCCUGGGAAACGCCCAGAUUGUGGAGUGGCCUGUAGUUUACAGCAAUGACGGAUUCUGCAAACUGUCUGGCUUCCACAGGGCUGAGGUCAUGCAGAAGAGCAGCACAUGCAGUUUUAUGUACGGAGAGCUGACGGACAAGAAGACCAUCGACAAAGUCAGGCAGACGUUCGACAAUUAUGAGUCCAACUGCUUCGAGAUCCUGCUGUACAGAAAGAACAGAAGUCCAGUGUGGUUCUACAUGCAAGUGGCUCCCAUCAGGAACGAGAACGACAAGGUGGUUCUGUUCCUCUGCACGUUUAAGGACAUCACCCUCUUCAAGCAGCCCAUCGAAGACGAAACCACCAAAGGAUGGACCAAGUUUGCACGGCUGACACGUGCGCUCACCAACAACCGCAACACGCUGCAGCAGCUAGCGCCCAUAGGCAAACAUGAAGUCAGCCAUAAACAGUCCAGACUGGCAGAGGUUUUGCAGCUCAACUCUGACAUCCUCCCCCAGUACAAACAGGAGGCCCCCAAGACGCCUCCCCACAUAAUCCUACACUACUGCACCUUCAAGACCACCUGGGACUGGGUGAUCCUCAUCCUCACCUUCUACACGGCCAUCAUGGUGCCCUACAACGUCUCCUUCAAGACGAAGCAGAACAACAUUGUGUGGCUGGUGCUGGACAGCGUGGUGGACGUCAUUUUCCUGGUGGACAUCGUCCUCAACUUCCACACCACGUUCGUGGGGCCCGGCGGAGAGGUGAUCUCUGAUCCCAAGCUCAUCCGCAUGAACUACCUGAAGACCUGGUUCGUCAUCGACCUGCUGUCCUGCCUUCCUUACGACAUCAUCAACGCCUUUGAGAAUGUGGACGAGGGCAUCAGCAGUCUGUUUAGCUCUCUGAAGGUGGUGCGCCUGCUGCGCCUGGGGCGGGUGGCCAGGAAACUGGACCACUACCUGGAGUACGGUGCUGCCGUUCUGGUCCUGCUGGUCUGUGUGUUUGGACUGGUGGCCCACUGGCUCGCCUGCAUCUGGUACAGCAUUGGGGACUACGAGGUCAUUGAUGAGGCCACCAACACCAUCAAAAUGGACAGCUGGCUCUACCAGCUGGCCAUCAGCAUCGGAUCGCCUUACCGCUACAACGCCAGCGGUUCGGGCCAGUGGGAGGGCGGCCCCGGCAAGGACUCUCUGUACAUCACCUCUCUGUAUUUCACCAUGACCAGCCUGACAACCAUCGGCUUCGGCAACAUCGCCCCCACCACGGACGGAGAGAAGAUCUUCUCUGUGGCCAUGAUGAUGGUGGGAUCUCUGCUCUAUGCCACCAUCUUUGGAAACGUGACCACCAUCUUCCAGCAGAUGUACGCCAACACCAACCGCUACCACGAGAUGCUCAACAAUGUCAGGGACUUCCUGAAGCUCUACCAGGUUCCCAAGGGCCUGAGCGAGCGGGUGAUGGACUACAUCGUUUCCACCUGGUCGAUGUCCAAAGGCAUCGACACAGAGAAGGUCUUAUCCAUUUGUCCCAAGGACAUGCGAGCCGACAUCUGUGUCCACCUCAACAGGAAGGUGUUCAACGAACAUCCAGCGUUCAGGUUAGCCAGCGACGGCUGCCUGCGCUCGCUGGCCGUUGAGUUCCAGACCACCCACUGCGCUCCCGGAGACUUGAUCUUCCACGCUGGGGAGAGCGUUGACACCCUGUGUUUCGUGGUGUCGGGGUCACUGGAGGUCAUCCAGGACGACGAGGUCAUUGCCAUCUUGGGUAAAGGUGACGUGUUUGGCGAUGUCUUUUGGAAAGAAACCACCCUUGCACAUGCGUGUGCGAACGUCAGAGCACUAACGUACUGCGACCUCCACGUCAUCAAGAGAGAAGCCCUGCUCAAGGUCUUGGAGUUUUACACGGCCUUCGCCAACUCCUUCUCCCGCAACCUCAUCCUCACCUGCAACCUGCGCAAGCGGAUAAUUUUCCGCAAGAUCAGUGAGGUGAAGAAGGAGGAAGAGGAGAGGCAGCGAGCGAAGAACGAGGUGCAGCUCACCAUCCCGCAGGACCAUCCGGUCCGGAAGCUUUUCCAGAAGUUCAAGCAGCAGAAGGAGCUCCGCAACCAGGGAGCGUCUGCCGCCUCGCAGCUGGACCUGGAGAAGAACCAGCUGCAGGUGGAGCAGCACCAGCACCUGCACCCCCAAAGCCUGCAGCUCGGCCACUCCAGCCUGCAGCACUCUCUGCCGCUCAGCCUCCAGCGGCCCCACUGCUCCAUGCAGAACGGGGCCCCGCCCAGCAGCAGCGUGCUGACCGUGUCUCAGGUCACGCCCAUGCAGAGCUCCCUGGCGUACAGCCAUCCCAGCGAGCCUCCUGCCAAGCAGAACAACUGCGAUAUCUUGGAGCUGCAGCCCAGUUCUGCUGGAGCGGGAGGUGAACAGACUGUCAGGCUCAAGGUCAGCACGAGCCCUGCCCUGGGGAAGCCGCCCCCCAAGGCCAGCGGCUGGAUGCGCCUGAAAAAUAACAUGGCCCCAGUGGAGGCCAGGAAGGAGGGGAUGAACAACAACGUUAAGGCCGUUUCCGUGGAGAUGCUCUCUCAGGAGGGUAAAGGUCAGGAAGCAGGGCGUAGUGGGGAUAUAGAGGAGGGCGGGGUGUCCAGCAACAACCCCCUCCGCAAGACAGACUCCUGCGACAGCGGCAUCACCAAGAGUGAGCUGCGGAUCGACCGGGCGGGGGAGGCGCGGACCCCCGCCGCGGUCACCCCCCUCCUCCACAGCCCUCUCCCCGGAGGAGCGGGGUCUCCUCACCCUUUCUGCCCCAUCCCGGAGCAGGCCCUGCAGGCCGCGCUGCACGAGACCCGGCUGGAGCUCCGGGAGGACAUCCAGACUCUGGGAGGCCGUCUGGGCGCCCUGGAGAGUCAGGUAGCUGAAAUUAUCAAACUGCUGUCAGACAAGAGGCGGCCGUCCACGGGGCUGCCGUCCGCCUCCACCACCCCUAAAACCAAAAUACAACGUCAGGACAUUUUCACCGUUUCCAGGCCUGUUUCUCCAGACUCAGAGAAGGAUGAGGGGCUCUGAAGAGAGCUAAACCAGUGGUGUAGAGAGUGUCCUGGAGCCACAGUGAUCACAUGGCACAUUGUUCUACUAUGAUCACGAUUAUCAAUUCAAGGUUACGAUCGCUCUGUCAGAUUCAGUUACACCACUGGUCUCAAUUCUCUGAGAUUAUAAAAGAAAACUGGCUUCUUUAACAUUUGCACACAGACUUUUACCUCCAGGUCAUGUGAGAGUCCUCGCUCCACAGUGACCUGGAUCCCGUUUUUUUGAUUGUACAUACCUCUCUAUGCAUGUCCAGCUGGAUUCUGGCCUGCCAAAGAAACAACAACCGAACGUACUUAUUGCCUGUAUAUUAUGCAGUUGACUGCAUGCAAAUGGAAUUUAAAGAGACAUUUUAUUGAGCUACACUGUACAUAUGAAUAUUUUUCAUUGAUAAUUUACUAUGUGGACAUUCAGGGUUUGCAUACUGGUAGCACUAUAAACAUUAAAUAACAAAAAGGGUUUACUGGCAAAGGGAUUGUGCAUGGAUUAUUUAUGAAUAGAGAAAUUGAACGGGAUGAAGUUUGUUUUUUUGUUUUUUUUGUUUUUUUUCUUCUUUGCCUGUGAGAUGAAAUAGAAGUUUGAUUCUGCUCUCACCUCCUCGCCCUCCAAGAACACAGAUUGCCAUAUGUGAAGAAGCAGCAUCCCUAAACACAGGGAGGGAACUUCCUGGUUUGAGGUAAAUCUUUUUUAUAUUUGUUAGUGAUUUUGCUUCUUAUAAUAAUUUCUAUUUUUGAUUACUGAAAUGUCCUUGGCCUCAUUUUGACUUCCGGUAAACCCUUAAAUGUUUAUUUUGUUAGAAUCCUCCUUGUGUCUAUGCAUUGCUCGGGUACGCCGCUAGAAUAUUCUGAAUAUUAAUACCUUUGUUAUCAUGUCGGUGAAUGAUUAUUUUUUUUGUUCCAUUCCUCUGCAUGAAUCAGGGAUGGCAGAACGCACUUUGGGUAAAGCUGGGAUGACGAGAAAGCUUUGGGGAAAUAACACGGAGUUUAGUUCACACAAAAGUCCACUCAGCACAGUGACAUGUAAUCCCGCAGCCCCAGCACCACCACCACCACCACACACGGCAGUCUUAACAAGCGAGCGUCUCACUGAGGCCCGCUCUCAAUUCCUUUAGGGACCGCAGCUUCGCCGCCAAAAGCUCGAGUAAUAAAAAAAUGGAAUACUGUACUUUUUAUGAUGAUAUCAGUUUUCUACAUCCGCAUGCAAAGGAGUAGUUUUAUGCUCCAGCACAUAUACGUGUGUGUGUGUGUGUGCAUACAUAUACACAUGCGUACACGUGCACAGUGUGACGGCGUCUCUUGAUGUGAAGCCUGUCGGCCCGGGGAGACUUGUGCUCCACAGAAGUCAGAUCAGUGGGCUUUUCAGGUCUUGUGAGACUCAGACGCUGUCCCUCCUCGCCCUGCAGUUCAGCAGCACUCGUCCCGUGACGCUCAUACACAUGAUCAUAUUUAAUAAGGCAGAACAAGAAGAACACAGAUGUACAGUAGCCAUCAUGAAAGCCUCAGUUGGUAGAUUUAGGUCAUUCCUGCUUCAUAACUUUACCCACAGUGUGGAGUGAACAGACAGGUGGCAGAAAACGAGCUGAUGUGACAGAAAAUACAUCAGCAGUCAGAUGUGACUGAGAGGGUUCAGGUCAUGUAACACACCUUCUGGUGGCCAUAUUGGAGGCCAUUAGCUCUCGGAUCACCAAACAGCUGGUUGGAUUUUAUGCUUUUAUAACACAGUCAACAGUUGAGCUGCAACAGAACAUGAGGAGGGAGAAAAGGGCCCUCAUCAGAGUCUGACAAGGAUGUUGCAGAUCACAGUCAGCACGUCAAACCCCAAGGCCACCAGGGUGCGCAGGGUGGUUGCAUUGCUAAACACUGGGUUUGACUGUCUCAGUUGAAGUGUGCUGGUUUUGUUGGAUAUUGUUGGACUUGGCUGAUUUUGAUGCCACUGCACGGUGUUUGUACAGAGAGAGGAUCAAAGGAUCAGAGUCCACAGCGUGGCCCAUCCGACAGAAAUAUGGUUGCAGAAAAGAGAACUGGUAUAUGUAACUGUGUCAGCACUUCACAUGGUGGCCAUGAUGGAACAUUGAAGUAGUUUCACAGGAUCUACGAUGUCCUGCGUGACGAUGCACAGUCCCCCCCAGUUCUGACAUCAGGAAGGCACGGGAAGGAAAGGAUGUGAGAGGUACUUUAUUUGAAACCUAGUAAUGUGUCAUUCCUGGCCCCUCAUGCUCACCAAAAACCUCACGUUGUGAUUGAUUAAUGUUUGAUGUGUUGUCUGACAUAUCUGCUUUGAAGGCAUGAAGGCAUUUUGAUGAUCGAGUCUGAAGAAGCAGCCAUUUCAGAAGACGAAUACUUCUCAGCGUAGAUAUGUGUGCAUGAAAAAGAACCGAUGAGGUAAAUGUCAGUGCAUCUGAAAUUUUAAAAGCCUAUUUUUAAUGAUCGCCACUGCAAGUGAACACAGUCUCUUUGUGUAGUUUUUCACUCUGGAAAAAAAAGUGUAAAUUAAAACAAAACAUUGUCAUUUACAUUUUCCUGGCUUUCCACCAACUUUCCACCAAACCACACGCUGCCCCGAAAUUUAAGCAUCUGUUUUGCAUCCUGGUUGAGGCCGAUCAUGAUGUUAGACAUGCUGAUUUGUGUCUCUCUGCUGCCAGCAGACUGGAAAAUGAGGAUUAUUACUUUGUAAUUUUAAUUAGCAUAAAAUCACAGCAGAUGAAGACGAGUUUAAACGAGAUUUCUGUCACUGUAUGCUAAUCAGGUUUUUGCUUUGGAACAUUUUGGAGAGGAAACUGUUUUAAUGGCUUCUCCUCUGCAAAUGACAAUAGUUUUAUUUAAAUGGGAUUUUCGUCCUGUGCACGCAGCUCUGUUUUCUGCACCAACCUGCUUCACGCUCACAAUCGGCGCAGCCCCUCGUUCGCUCUGCUGUCGGCCCCUGAGCAGAUCCCCUGCAAGGAUCAGGGGUAAGUGCCUUGCUCAGUGGCACCUCAGCAGCAGUUUCAGGCAGUUUGGAUUGAUGCAGAAGUUGAUUUACUGGAAGGCUUUGAUGAUGGCUACCACUGUACCUGUGUAGAGCAGCACAUACCAGUAUGCUUCAUAUCUUCUAACAUGUCACUUAUAGCGAAUAUCGUGCAAAGCUAUGCAACACUUGAUUCUCUUACAGUUCAAAAGAGGCCGUUUCUGAUCAGUUUAUUUUGUCUAUAAGCGCCAGGAUAAAGGUAAUUACUGCAAAUAUAUCUAUUGGAGGGAUUGAGGGUUUGUUUGCUUGUGUACAUAAGAUCAGAUAUCAGUUAUUUAUAUCCACCAACUAACCCUGAGACCUAAAGCUACCAAGUGAUAAGUUAAAAUCAAGAUGAGCUGAAACUUUUUCCCCAGUGGAUGAAUCCUAACGACUUUGAUGAGUUUUCAUGUUAUAACUUUAUUUUUUACAGCACUUUUCCAAAAAGAAGUGCUUUACAGAGACAUAAACCAAGAAACACCAGAUACAAGUAAAAUAGAUGAAUAGGACAAAGAUCAUACAGUAACAUAAACAGAAUUGCACUAAGAUAGUGUAAUUCUAAAAUAAUGUGUAUUUAAUAAGAGGUGUUCAAACAAAAACAGAGCUGGUCUGUCUGAUCUCCUCCAGCAGGCUGGUCCAGAGUUGAGGGGUCAUGACUCCAGAAGUCCAGUCUCACCGGUCAGACCGGAUCUCAGGCUGCACUCAGGCUUGUAUGGGGUUGGCAGGUCGGAGAUAUAGACAGGGGCCAAUCAAUCCCAUACAUGUCCUAAGAGUCAAUCCAUUCUAAAACAUAGUUACAGGUAGCCAGUGUAGGGAUGCCAAGAUUUGGGGUUAUGUGCGUUCUUCAGUUGUAUCUUGUGAGAAGUCUUGCUGCAGCACUCUGGACCAGUUCAAGCUUGUACAGGUUGUAUUGACUCGCAGCGUCACCAACAGGUCAAGGUGCUUUUCUUUUUCCAACUCCUGCAACACUUGAGUUCUUGACAGGAGAUCUCUGAAACCAAUGACCAAAGUCCAGUCAGGUAGUCAACGCUAAAUAUCAACAUGUUCAUAUUAAAUAGCUAACAUGCUAACUGUUAGCAUCUUAAAAUGGCCACUUUUCGAUUUCAUGGAUUUUCCCUGUGGCGCCCCCCUCUGGUCAAACUUAGACAAGCUAAACAGACUAAAACAGAAAUACUGAAUUAAGAUCAUUACUGGAUUUAUUGUGAUACAAACAAUAGUUUCUCACAGUCAUGAGUAAUAUAGAAAUGUCCUCUCUUCCCUCAUUUAAAUUGCAUGAAACUUGAGGUAGAGGUCUUUACAAGUAACCAAGGCCAAUUAUAUUCAUUAACAGUUGGGGGGGGGGUCACGUGUGACAUGAUGCAUCAUCACAGGAGUGAUGAAUAUGUUUAUGUGGUAUUCAUAUAAGGAAAAUUACAUGUAUUACUACCCUUUUCGACCAGAUUGGUGGACUUACAUGUUACUUACAGUGUUGGAAUUCUCUUUCUUAGAUCUGCUCUAAUUAUCUUUGCGUGUUUCAGACUGGGUCUCGUGUUUGAAAGUUAUUUAUGCACGAUGGAUUCGGGUACGUUCUUCGUGGGUCUGUUAUGGAUCAGGGCCAAAAUGUUUAACCUGUGAAGACUUCUACGCUCCAGCAAGCUUGACGAUGAUCCCUCCUGUGGUUGACGAUGGCGGGUGUGCAUGUUUUUACUGUAUUUCCAGUUGAGUUUGAAACAAUAAUUCUUCCCAUCUUAUAUCUCACAUCAGGUUUUAUGAGACCUCUAUCACAGACAAGUUGGUCCAUAGUAGCAGUGGCAGCCUGUAUCUGUGAGGAUCUGCAGAUGGAAGUGUGCAGUGAAGUAUUGUGCCCCACUUCAAUGAUGUUUUUGUAGUUUGACCAACUGGGCACAACACACUUGGCUCUCUGUCACUCAGCGACAGAGACUGUUCUCUGAGAGACGUUAAAAAGCUUUUUGGGAAACCAGGAAAUCACUGAUGCACCAAACAUUAGAGAUUUAUGUGUCUCUCUAGACCUGAAAAGAUUAUCUGAGAUGGAUUUUUCCUUUUAAAGAUAUCUGCAGAUGUUCGUUUGAUUCAUGCUGCUGGUGGCCUGACGAUGCAGCUGGUACUGAGCUCAUAUCAUGAUGGAGCUGAACUGCACUGAAACAGAAACAGAAGCUACAAUACGGGAUGUGGGGAUCUGGUUGUUUUGUUUCGUUUUCUGCAAUUGUAAAUCUUUUAAAACAUGGAAAUUAUCAAAUUGAUUCUAUGAUCUUUCAACGUUAUGAAGGAAAAAAAUUUUCCUUGAAUGGCAUUUCAGAAACAAAGCAUGCAUCUGAAGAAUGUGUCAGGUAUACACCGGGAUUCUCCCAGAAUCUACAGUCUGAAAAAUGUAAGAGUAGAUAUCAACAGAGCAGAGAGCAAAAUCCGUCAAAGACAGAAGAAAAGCAUGUUGGCUUCCACAGAAACGUGAAUGUAGAUUGGAGCGUCCCCCUAACUGCUCCCGCAAAUCACAAAUAACUGGAGCAAAUCUUCACCAGAGCGGCUGCACGCCGUCAGAACCUCAGACCAGCAAAGAGAGAUAUUAUCUUUAUUUUUACUAUUUUACAAAAACUAUAUAUCAUAUCUAACAAAGAUUUAUUAAAAGAAUAAAGAAGGAUAUACUGAUAUCUGAUUACAUGGAUCUAGUCAGAAAUUUUUCUUUAAGUCAAGUUCAUUGAUGAAAGAAAUUCUAGUUUUCUGGAAAAAGUAAAAGUAACAUGUUUAACCCGAGAGUCUGCAACUCUCUAACAGAUGAAGCCAUCUAAGAAGUUUUCUCUGCAUCCUCGCUGCUCUUCUUUAGUUCUUUAGUUCAGCUCUAAGUCUUCAGAAGGGACACUGGAAGACUUGGAACUCUAGUGUUGGGUAAGAUUUGAACAUUUUAGAUUACCAUUUGCAUUUUGUUAAGUGUAACAUUCAAGAAAGAAACUGUCAGCUGUAAGGAAGUGUACCACUGGAAUAAUAUGAUAGUUUCACAGUUGGUUUGUUUUUAAUCAAAAUUGAUCAAAUUUUAAAAAGCUAAUAGAAGUGAGUGAAUUAAAAUGUAAUUUAAAUGAUGCAUUAUAGAACAAUAAAGUUUAAAGUUACAUUUAAAAAAGUUUGUGAUUCUAUUUACCAGUAUGUCCACCUUUCAAAUUACAUCAUUUGCUGCUUUAAUAUAUACAGUUUGCUUUAAUUUAAAGAUGUGGAUGCAGCAUCCAACCUAAAGCAACAUCUGGAGCUCCAGCUGUGCCAGCUACUGUGUUCACAGCUCAAUCCGAGCUUCUCAAUUAUUCAUUUAUCAUUUAAAGACAGAUCUAUAAAUCUUAUACAUUUUUACUUCAUGUUUUACAAUACAUUAUUUAAAUGUUAUUAAUUAAAGUGUAUUCACUCCGGUGGUGCCAUCCAGCCUCCGUACGUUACAACAUUCGCUGCAGUAUUGUGACGGACGCAGCCUUCGGAAGCUGCUCUGACUCAUCUGGAGAUUUAGUGCCGUGCAAGAUUUGGCCACAAUCCACAAUGUGAGAUUAGCUGUACAGUGACUCUCCUUUUCAAAUCUACCAGUCUAGAGAAAUACUCGCUCAGCAGUCUGAGGUGCAGGACGGGGGACUCCUCCGAUGGCUUCAGAGUUUUCCUGUCACUGAAAUUGCCGGAAACUUUUGCGGCUUGUCGGGUCACGUGAGGAGCCACGAGCAGCUGAGAGCUCCUCCUCUUUUUUUAUUAAUUUGACAAGAGAAUGAAGGGCAACUCCUCCUGUGAUCUGAGCCCUACACACACACACACACACACACACACACACACACACACACACACACACACACACACACACACACAUACACACAUACAUACACACACACACACACACACUUACACAUACACACAUACAUACACACACUUACUUUUCAGCACAGGCUUUUUCAGCUUUGCCACUUGAAUGUACAACAACCCUCCUCCCCAGCCCGGUCCUCACUCUGCUCUCCCAGCAUUUUCUCUGGGAGUGCCGAUGUUUUUUCUUUACAUUUAGAGAAAAGUCUCCCCUUUAUACUUUCUGAGGAGUCCUCUCUCUCUCUCUCUCUCUCCUUUUCUUUCUCUCUGUUGUUCACUUUCCGUCUUGAAACUAGUAGGAGGUUCUCUUCUGUCUCAUCUCUCUUUGAAAAACACCUCCGCCCUCUUUCUAAGGCCUCCUCUCUAUCCUCCACCUUCACCCCUCUGAUCCUCUUCUCUCUUUGUCCUCUUCCCCUCUCUUUGAUCUCCCUCACUCUCUCCUCCUCAGCAUGCUGAUGAUGUACAGUCUGUCUGCGGCGUGCCGACUGACUGACACCAUGAAUCCACCUCUCUGGGGACAGGCAGGCACGGCCGAGGGGGCUUCAUUUAUUAAAAUUAUCCUUUGGCUUGAUUCGAUUCUGCAAAAUUGUAUUGAAGAUGACACUACAAGGAAUGGAAGUCAUUUCCUGGGUAGUGAUAGAAUUUUUUUUAUUGUUUCACUUAUCUCUGCAAAUUGACGCAACCUGCAGGAUUUUCUCACCAGGAUUAAUUUUUCAUCAGUCUCAGCUUUGGUUCAGAUUUGGUCAUGAAACUGGAUGAUUUUAAUGAACGGGGCCCUUUCGGAAAAGCUCUUCUCUUUUUUCUACUGGAAUGUUCUCAAUUUCUACUGUUUUUGUUAAAGCAAUGGUUUGGAGCAGCACUGAAAUCCCACACUGACUCAUGUAUUGUUUUACAGUUGCACCUAAACUGUAGUGUCAGAAUAAUAAACAGCCGUCUGGGAUACUCUC